CCACGGCGUGUAUACCAGCAGAUAUUGUUCAUCGUUGGCACUAAACCAUGGAGUGCUGCUUGUUGGCUAUGGUACGGAGGAUGGUCUGCCUUACUGGUUAGUGAAGAACAGCUGGGGUCGCUCCUGGGGUGAUGACGGAUACAUAAAAAUGGCCCGCAACGAACAUAACAUGUGCGGCAUCGCAUCGCUCGCCAGUUUCCCCAUUGUUUAA